CUCAUUAAACUCAAAUGGCAGACAGCCUAAUAAGCCUUGCAGGUAUUGCUACUUUGCCGCCCAGAAGACGGCGUAACUUGUGUAUCAAGAUGCUGAUCGAGAACGGCCAAUCUGUGCUUAACUGGACUUUGUUGGCAGGCUAUAUCGUUCUCCCUUUUACAUUCACGACCAUGAAUCGCUCCGAAGCUUUCAACACCAUGAUGGAAGACAAUGAGCUUGCGCUAAAGGCAUUUCAGAAUACUACUUUACUUGGACUUGCGCUAUGCUUGUUUAUUGUUUCUCUGAUAGGGUUGACUUGUAUAUGUCUUAAUAACAUCAUCACGUAAGUCCAUUAUAGGUUCGUUUUGACGUUAGAUUGUAACCUUUCUAACGACUGGAUUAGAUCAUUGCUCACAAACUCACUACUCGGCUUUAGCACGACCUUGCUAAACGUAUACGCUGUGCUGGAUGGUAUAUGGUCGGCCAUCGCCAUAGCUUCCAAAACCGUAACUAGCUUUUGCUUACUUAUAUCCAUCGUUGCGUAUACAAUCUAUAGUACAUGGCUUUUAAAACCCAUAAGAGCAGCUCGAGCCGCUCAGAUCGUGGAAGGCUAGAGCACGGCCGAUACCGCUACCCACAGGCAAGAGUAACAUGAAUAUGGGCCAAACUCCCUAGCAAAAGGAUCACCUGAAAGAUUGAAUACCCACUAGCUAUAUAGUAGCAAUGGCU